CAUUCGGCCGUCUAAUAGAGGCACCUGUUGUGCUUCAAGGGCAGAGAAUGUCGUAGUUGGCCGCGCUGGGGCUUUUCUAUUAUGCGUGCGUAUAUCAAGAGAGACGUGGCAACAUCUGCGUCAUGGCGCAAGCAAAGCGCGCUUGAACAUUCCGUUUGCAUUAAUUGACUAGCCUCCAUUAGUUGGGCGAACUGCAUCGCAGGAAAGCUAGCUUUGCAAUUUCGAAAAGGGUAUAUUGUGCGAAAAAUACCUCCAUUACACAAUGUCAGCUGCUGUGUCGCUGCAAAACGCUUAUCGUCACUGGUGCGGCAGUGCACUGCAGCCUUAAGAGGCGCCCGUACAGUCGCGCAUAAAGCAGUGCAUUGUUUUUCAUGUAAACGUCGUGCACGUCCUACGUACGCACCGGCGACCAGCCGCUAUGAAUCCUGUGUCAACGCAUAGAUUUUUCUUCGUGAGUGUGAUAUGGUAUAGUGUUGAUUUUACCUUCGGGCACGGAGACGUUUCGUGCAAAAAUGCACGAGGCCUGGACGUUGACUGGUUUAUUGUAUACAAACCGCCAAAAACAAUUCGGCAGAAAAACUGCGGGACGCUUACUGGAGAAGAAAUGAUGUACUACGAUAGUAACGACGCCAAGGCUGGCUCGCAUUUGUGGACAAUCCUUCAUGACAGUAUCUACAGUAAAAGACUGAACCCUAUCGAGGAGACGCUAGGGCCGGUAUACAGACCGACAGCCGACAUAGCAUACGUUGCCUACAACGACCAGCCUCCAAAGGCGUUAUCCCAGAGAAGAGCCGGACAUUCCAAAGGUGUCCUGAUAGCAAGCGCUGACCGACGACGAAAAGGCGUAGUGUGGCUCCAGCAUAGUGUGCCCCGGUUCAUCAUGGAUGCAAGGUUCGACUACCAAUACCCUCAGAGCGGACGAAGCAACGGCCAGAUAUUCCUAUGCCUAUCACUGACCCUUGACACUGUCGAAACGAUAGCCCAUCAUCUUACCAUCCAAGAGGCUAACGUCUACAUGUCGAGGCCUUCGGCAUGGGCUCAACGCUAUCCUAUACUUUGGGUUCUACUGACCAAGAGAUACCAUUACCCAACCAGAGAACUGAAGGUCGACCACUUCCGUACCAGAGGUCUACAGGCUGUCUUGAGCAUCGCAAAGUCACCCACUUGGACACGAGAUAUAUACGUACAGGACAUGAGGCAUGAAAUCGGCGACAACAUCACAGUACAAUCUUGGAGAAACGGUGCCGGCGGAGCGCAAGAAGCGUACUGCACGAGGGAGUACAGUGUCACCGAUGUCCUAGCAACAGAAAUUAAAUCUUCACGCCGGCACGAGUGCUUUCAGCCCAGCCUGGACCAUAGCAAGUGGUUUGUGCCGCAUCACAGGAACAUCUUCUGCAUCUCGUCAUUGAACCGCAUGGCCAAGAAGAACGAGCGGGAGCUUCUCCACCCAGUGCUGGCGGUCGAGUUUCGCUGCCAGUGCGGCUUUGAGUUGCCGGUGGAAGCGCUCAACCAUUCCGUUGCUGGCGGGGUGGUAGGCGGUUGUAUGCUGCAGCUUCGUGCCGAGGAGCGUUGA